AUGAUCAGCAAGCCCCCAGAGUCGGACGAUGCUGCCGGCCCCAGCAGCACCGUUCAAGCUUCCCCAGAACCAUCAUCUUCUGCCGAGCCAGCCGCAGUGACCCGGUCCCUGGCGGACGCGAUGGGUGGUGUUGCUUCCUCGCCCGAUGUUGGCGGCCACAAGGGCGUCGAGGACAGCGCAAAGACACCUACGAAUUCAGGGAAGCGUCGGGACAAGUCCAAGUCUGUGGAGCCGUCAGAGCCUCCAGUCGACAGGUUAUUCUCCGAGCGGGUGGUGACAGUACUCGUGGGCCCGAGCGAAGUCCAGUGGAGACUGCACGAAAACCUCCUGUCGGGCAUCUCGGACUUCUUCAGGUCGGCGUUCAACUCGGGAUUCAAGGAGUCCCUUGAGGACAAGCUCACCAUGCCGGAGGACGACCCCCACUCCUUCGAGCUCUUCAUCCGGUGGCUGUACAUCCGCACCCUGACGCCCACGGCCGUCUCGAAUUCGACCUUAGCGGCCAAUGUCAUGUUAGGCAAGGACUUCACGGCGAGCUCCUCGACAGCGUGCAUCCAGGACUACCUACGGCUCUACGUCCUCGCUUCCAAGGUUUUGGUGGAGGAGCUGGAAAACGCUUGCGUGGAUAUGGCACAUGCAUUCUACAGUGUUGGCAUGCGAAGACCUGAUAUCAAGGACGUGCAAUACGUCUACGAGCACACCAUGCCCGGCUGCGGUAUGAGGAGGCUGAUCAAGGAACGCCUCACAAUGAGCCUAUUUAAGGGAAAGCAGCACAACCCUGUAACGCCCGAGUGGAGAGAAAUCAUGAACGAGACGCCGGACCUGGGCUACGACAUUGUGAGCGAGACUGCCUCCUACAACUGGAUCGCGGGCGGUAACGCCUCCGCUAAGACACCAGCCCAUGAGUCGAAGAGGUGGCAUACUUGGAUCUCGUCUGCACGCGUGUUCUUCAUGGGAGACAGUAUCAAGUCGAACUUCGGGCAGGAGCUGGAGAGCUUCGAGCUUGAGAAAACCAACCAUGGAAAUGGCGAUACUGCGAGGACACCCAAGGAAGCGAUGUAG